GCGAGAUAAGAAAAGAAAUCCCAGAAAAUCCAAUCCAGGAUCCACUCACCGAGUCAGGACUUCAAGUUAAAGAAUCCAAAAUGAAGGUGUUCAUCGCACUCUGCGCCCUGGUGGCCUGCGUUUCGGCCGGAAUUGUGCGAUCCUCGGGCUGGGGAUCGAGUCCUUGGGGCGGCAGCAGCAGUUCGGGAUGGAAUAGUGGCUGGACCGUCCAGCAGCCGCAGGUCAUCAAGGUCAUCAAAGUGGGAGGUGGCAACUCUGGAUGGGGAGGUGGCAACUCUGGAUGGGGAGGUGGAAACUCUGGAUGGGGUGGCAACUCUGGAUGGGGUGGAAACUCUGGAUGGAGAGUCGGCAACUCUGGUUGGGGAGGCAACUCCGGAUGGGGAGGUAGCAACUCUGGCUGGAGCAACGGCAACUCUGGAUGGUCCAGUUCCGGCUCCAAUAGUGGCUGGUGGUAA